CACAAAUACAAAAUCUCAAAUCUUAUCCAUAUAUGAUGAAGUUUAUAAGUUAAUUAUACCAUAUCUUCUUCAGAAAACCAACAUCUUCACUUGAAAUCUGAGUUUAAAUAUGUAUAUCAUCUGUUAACAAAAGAUCCAUAACUGGAUUUAAGAAAAAACUCUUGUAGUUCUAACACAACGCAUAAAUAUUUUGAUUACGGAAACAGAUUAGCAUAAUCAUUUAUAUCAGUAUGAUUCAAACUGAUUGACCAACCUUCUUCACAAUCUCUCCGUCAACGGGAAUUGAUUUUUUUUACCGGAGAUUCUCGGAGGGUUGAAAACGGUGAUAGCUGUAACCUGGUAAGAACCUGGAUGAUGAUGAUUCAAUGGUGAAGUAGCUUCGACGGCAGCUGAGCUUAGAAUUCCGGUGGAUUGCAUGGCCUUGGAUGUAGCUUCUUCAGAAUAUGUUUUGAUUUAGAUUAAGACAUAUAUUUAUAUAAGAGAAGGAUCAAGGGAGGUGAAAAGAAACAUUCAAGGAUGGUUUUAAGAUCAUUAUUGAUUAAUGAUUGAGAAGGUUACGCAAAAACAAAUCAAAUCGGAGAAGACGAAGUGGAAGAGUCAAGAGACUUGAAGCUUGAAACAACGAUACAGGUUUCUCUGUUUUUUCUCUACCAUGGGCUAGGCUGAUAAUUUUCAUAAACCCAUACGGAAGUCUGCUCUAUUUCAGCUUUUGGGUGAUGUGGCAAAACCAAAUUUUCUCAUUGGUUGAUUUUCCAUGCCUAUGUGGAUAGGUUCAAUAGAGCUCAUAUUCCCCUUUUAUUACUUGUUUGAUAAUAAUGAAUAUACUGUAGCAUUUUAACAGAAAUAUAAACUCUGAAUGAUUUCUGCGUAUGUGCAGGAAUCGAACCAUUUGUGACGUUGAACCAUAUGGACUAUCCUGAAGAAUUUGAGAACUUGUUUCAAGGUUGGUUAAGCCCCGAGAUGCAGUAAGUGGUUAACCUGAAUUUCUAAUCAACCAAAAAAAAAUAAUUUCUAAUCAACGAACAUAUAUAACCUAAAAUUCAACACUAAUUACUUUAUUUUGUAGGAAAUAAUUUGUUUAUUUCGCUGAUCUAUGUUUCAAGCAUUUUGGAAACUGAGUUAAGUACUAGACCACGAUAAAUGAACCAAAUCAACAAUUAAUUUUUGGCUAUAUAAUGGAUAGAUUUCCACCGGCUCGCUGCUCUUCACCAUAUGGAAAUUGUAGCCAGGGGAAUUCAGAAACCGAGCCUUUCAUAGCCGCGCUGAUGUGAUCUUGGCUAGCAAUGGAACUGAAGAGAUGGAUCAGCUUGAACCAGAGCUUAAGGAAUUUGAAGAAAGAACCAAGGAGCUGCUUGAACCUGAGGAAACAAAUGACAAGGACCUAGAAGUGCCAAUUGGUCCAAUGACUAGAUCAAAACAAGCAAGAUUUCGACAAGCUCUUCAUCAACUCUUACACACUAUCCAGGGCAAUCUAGAGUGUGCUGAUCCAACCACACUGAUUGUGAUUCAAGCCUCUUAGAUCUUUCAUCAAGAGAGGUGUUGUGACUUGCGCUCUUUUCCUUGGUUUGGUUUUGUCCCAUUGGAUUUUCCAGACAAGGUUUUUAAUGAGGCUUGGACACAACACUUAUACAAAAGCCUCUUGAUGAAUCCAGACCCAUUUCCCUUCUAAUUUUCGUCCAGAAAUAUCCUAGGAACCUUUUCUCUUUUAAAUUUGAACUUUAGUCUUUGUUUUCAUUAAUUAUGUUGUGUUUCCAAGAAGCUGUGCAUGUACAGUCUUCUUCCCUAUAUUAUGGACGAAAAUCUCUCAAUAAAAUCAUCAAACUCUGAAUCUUGUUUGAUCAAAGCUUGUUUAGUGUAUUCGGAUUUCUCCUUACAUUACAAGCAAAUCUGAUAGUCCGAGAGCCAUUUCCGCAUCUCUUAGAAGUAUCAACUCAAUCCACUGCUUAUUUCACCAUCACAAUCAUUGGAGAACAUUCAGGGACGUGAUCAUUUCACCUAGGAUCACUUCAAGUGGUAUCAGAGCUGAUCUCCAUCAUUAGGUUGUGUUUUUCCAGUUCUGCAACUUUUAAACUUUUCAUAUUCUGUUAUCAGAUCUGUUCUAAAUUCUAGAUCUUGCUAGAAACGUGUUUAUUAGGGUCAGAUCUACCUAGAAAAAGUUUUAAAAUCGCUAAAUAAUCUGAUUUGAUUUUCGAAAUUGCAGAGAAAAGAAUUAGGGUUCUUCAUGAAAAUUUCAGAAAUCUGAUUAUUGUAGAUUCAAUCCCAUUACUUUCUGUUAUAUUAUGUUUCUGUGAUCUCUUUUACUGGUUUUGUGUUUGGAAAUUCAACAGGAACCAUGGGAGAAGAAAGCAAUCAGAACAAUGGAAUGGAUCAACUACUACUUGAUGCUUUGACUGUACGCAUGACUACUGUGAUGACUACUUUUAUGGAUCAGAGACUAGAGAACUUCAGAACUGAGGUUGUCCACUCAGAACGUGAGAGAUCUAGGAGGAGUCCAAACCAGUCUGCUUCAGAAAGCUAUUAUAGUCAUACCAACAGAUCCAAUGGCACCAGGAGAAGGAGGCGUGAUCAGGAAGCAAGGCCACAAACCAAUGAUCUUCCUGGUGGUUUGAAACUGAAGAUUCCUGAGUUUAAAGGCACUGCUGAUCCAGAAGAGUAUCUAGAAUGGGAAAAGAAGAUUGAACUUGUGUUCAAUUGCAGAGACUACACCACAGAGUACAAACUGAAGCUUGCGCCUACUGAGUUUAAAGACUACGCUUUGAGUUGGUGGGAUAACCUAGUUACAUCAAGAAGGAGAGCAGGAGAUUUUCCUGUUGAAACCUGGAACCAGAUGAAGGUGAUCAUGAGGAAGAGAUUUGUACCGAGCCAUUACCACAGAGAGCUGCACUUCAAGCUCAGAACACUGUCUCAAGGAAGUAAAUCAGUUGAAGAAUAUUAUAAGGAGAUGGAAACCCUUAUGCUGAGAGCUGAUAUACAAGAAGACAGAGAAGCAACAAUGGCCAGAUUCAUGGGUGGUCUAAACCGAGACAUCAUGGACAGACUUGAAGUUCAUCAUUAUGUUGAGAUGGAAGAGCUUCUGCACGAGGCAAUUAUCUUUGCACAGCAGUUGAAAAGAAGAAGUUAUAAGUCUAGCUAUGGAGCCAGCAAGCCACACUACCAGAAGGAUGAAAAGACCAGAGAAUCCAAACCAUUCUCCAAGCCUAAAGUGGAGGAACAUAGUAUUAAAGGAAAGGAAGUAGCCACUGCAUUUAAAACCAGAGACAUACAGUGCUACAAGUGUAAAGGUUAUGGACACUAUCCAGUAGCUGCUCCAACAAAAGGGUUAUACUCUUCAGAGAAAAUGGAGAAAUUGAAUCAAAGGAAGAGGAACAAUCUGAGUCUGAAGAAGAAAGAGUGGAGAUGCCAGCUCGUGGAGAGUUACUUAUCGCAAGAAGAACACUGAAUCUGCAAGCCAAGACUGUUGGAGAUGAGCAAAGAGAGAAUCUGUUUCAUACUCGCUGUAUGGUUCAAGGCAAGGUGUGCAGUUUGGUUAUAGAUGGAGGAAGUUGUACCAACGCUGCAAGUGAAACCAUGGUUGAGAAACUUGGUCUGGAGAUCAUGAAAAGGCCAACAGCUUACAAGUUACAGUGGCUUAAUGAUGAAGGAGAGCUGGAGGUGAAACACCAAGUCAAGAUACCAUUGUCUAUUGGGAAGUAUGAGGAUGAGAUAUUGUGUGAUGUGUUAACAUUGGAUGUUGGACACAUACUGCUUGGAAGGCCUUGGCAAUCCAAUAUAAGAACUCUUCAUGAUGGGUUCGCAAACAGACACUCGUUUGAGUACAAGGGAAAGAAGACUGUCUUAGUUUCUUUAACACCGCAAGAAGUCCAUCUAGAUCAGAUCGCUUUGAAGAAGAACAAAGUUUCAUCAGAAUCAAAGACAAAACAGGCUCCCAAUCUGUUGCUUCAACCUAAGGGAAGUUCUUUACCUCACUUGCUGUUUGUUUUUAAAGAAUGUUAAAACAUAACAAAGCUAGUGCAGGAUCUUCCAAGCAAAACACAGAUGCUUUUGCAGGAAUUCAAAGACAUCUUUCCAGAGGAAGCUCCACAAGGAUUACCACCUAUCAGAGGGAUAGAGCAUCAAAUCGAUUUUAUUCCAGGAGCUUCACUUCCAAACAAGCCAGCCUAUAGGACUAAUCCUUUGGAGACCAAGGAACUACAACAACAAGUCACUGAGCUUAUGGAGAAAGUUCAUAUCCGUGAGAGCAUGAGCCCAUGUGCCGUUCCAGUCUUGCUUGUACCAAAGAAAGAUGGUAGCUAGAGAAUGUGUGUCGAUUGCAGAGCAAUCAAUAAUAUCACUGUAUAGUAUCGACAUCCCAUUUCUAGAUUAGAUGAUAUGCUUGAUAAGUUGCAUGGUUCUAGCAUAUUUUCUAAAGUUGAUUUGAAAAGUGGAUAUCACCAGAUUAGAAUGAAAGAGGGUGAUCAGUGGAAAACUGCAUUUAAAACGAAACAUGGGUUAUAUGAAUGGUUAGUGAUGCCAUUUGGGCUGACUAAUGCACCUAGUACUUUCAUAAGGUUAAUGAACCAUGUUCUUAGAUCAUUUAUAGGUCAUUUUGUUGUGGUUUACUUUGAUGAUAUUCUGAUCUACAGUAAGAACUUGGAUGAGCAUAUUGAGCAUCUUAGGAAGGUUCUAGAAGUGCUUAGAAAGGAAUCCUUGUUUGCUAAUCUAAAUAAAUGUACUUUUGGAGCAGAUAACCUUGUCUUUUUAGGCUUUGUUGUGAGUGCAGAAGGUAUCCAGGUUGAUGAGGAAAAGAUUAAAGCAAUCAAAGAAUGGCCAAGCCCAAAGACAGUUGGUGACGUGAGAAUCUUCCAUGGUCUAGCCGGAUUCUACAGGAGACUUGUCAAGGAUUUUAGUACUUUGGCUGCACCACUAACUGAAGUAAUCAAGAAAAAUGUUGGGUUCAAGUGGAAACAAGCACAGGAAGAAGCAUUCCAAACCUUGAAAGAGAAACUCACCAAUUCACCAGUUCUUUCUCUCCUUGACUUUUCUAAAACAUUUGAAAUAGAAUGUGAUGCAUCUGGUGUUGGUGUAGGUGUUGUGCUCAUGUAGGAGAAGAAACCUAUAGCUUUCUUUAGUGAAAAGCUUGGAGGGGCUACUCUGAAUUAUCCAACGUAUGACAAAGAACUCUAUGCGCUUGUCAGGGCUUUGCAAACAUGGUAACAUUAUCUUUGGCCCAAGGAGUUCGUCAUCCACACUGAUCAUGAGUCUCUCAAGCAUCUCAAGGGACAACUGAAACUGAACAAGAGACAUGCUAGAUGGAUUGAAUUCAUUGAAACUUUUCCCUAUGUGAUCAAGUACAAGAAAGGUAAGGAAAAUAUAGUUGCUGAUGCACUAUCUCGAAGGUAUGUUCUCUUAAACACUCUUGAAACCAAACUACUUGGAUUUGAACGUAUCAAAACUUUAUAUGCCACUGAUUCUGAUUUUAAGGAUAUAUAUGCUUCUUGUGAGAAGUUGGGUCGUGGUAAAUACUUCAAGAGUGAUGGUUUUCUCUUCUUUGAAAAUAGACUAUGUGUGCUUAACUCCUCUUUGAGAGAUUUGUUUGUCAAGGAAGCUCAUGCAGGUGAACUUGGAGGACACUUUGGGGUGGCUAAAACACUGAAUGUAAUGCAAGAGCACUUCUAUUGGCCACAUAUGAGGAGAGAUGUAGAAAAAUCUUGCGAAAGGUGUGUUACUUGCAAACAGGCUAAGUCCAAAGUCCAGAACCACGGUCUGUAUACUCCUUUACCCAUUCCUUUGCAUCCAUGGCAUGACAUUUCAAUGGAUUUUGUUGUUGGGUUACCUAGAACUAAAACUGGAAGAGAUUAUGUGUUUGUAGUCAUUGAUAGGUUCUCUAAAAUGGCUCACUUUAUUUCAUGUCAUAAGACUGAUGAUGCUGUGAAUGUUGCUAAUCUGUUCUUUAAGGAAAUUGUUAGACUUCAUGGAAUGCCUAGGACAAUUGUUUCUGAUAGAGACACUAAGUUUCUUAGCUUCUUUUGAAAAACUUUGUGGUCUAAGUUAGGAACUAAACUGUGUUUCUCUACUACCUGUCAUCCACAGUCUGAUGGAAAAACUGAAGUUGUCAAUAGAAAAUUGUCUACCUUGUUGCGUGCAUUGAUUAAAAAGAACCUUAGAACUUGGGAAGAAUGUUUGCUACAUGUAGAAUUUGCUUAUAAUGAUGCUAAGCAUUCUGCAACUAAGUUCUCUCCAUUUGAAAUUGUCUAUGGUUUCAAUCCUUUAUCACCUUUAGAUCUAAUGCCUUUACCUUUGAGUGAAAGAGUUAGCUCGGAUGGACAAAAGAAAGCUGAACUUGUUAAGCAGAUACAUGAGAAGGCACAUAUCAAUAUAGAAAACAAGACCAAGCUGUACGCUAAGCAUGCUAACAAAGGAAGAAAGGAGAUGAUCUUUGAAGAAGGAGACUUAGUUUGGAUACACCUGAGGAAGGACAGAUUUCCUAAUGAAAGAAAAUCUAACUUAUGCCUAGAUUGGAUGGUCCUUUCAAAGUCAUCAGGAAGAUCAACAACAUUGCCUAUCAACUAGAUCUCCAAGUGGGAGAGGAUGAUGUGAUCUUGGCUAGCAAUGGAACUGAAGAGAUGGAUCAGCUUGAACCAGAGCUUAAGGAAGUUGAAGAAAGAACCAAGGAGCUGCUUGAACCUGAGGAAACAAAUGACAAGGACCUAGAAGUGCCAAUUGGUCCAAUGACUAGAUCAAAACAAGCAAGAUUUCGACAAGCUCUUCAUCAACUCUUACACACUAUCCAGGGCAAUCUAGAGUGUUCUGAUCCAACCACACUGGUUGUGAUUCAAGCCUCUUAGAUCUUUCAUCAAGAGAGAUGUUGUGAUUUGCACUCUUUUCCUUGGUUUGGUUUUGUCCCAUUGGGUUUUCCAAACGAGGUUUUUAAUGAGGCUUGGACACAACACUUAUACAAAAGCCUCUUGAUGAAUCCAGGCCCAUUUCCCUUCUAAUUUUCGUCCAGAAAUAUCCUAGGAACCUUUUCUCUUUUAAAUUUGAACUUUAGUAUUUGUUUUCAUUAAUUAUGUUGUGUUUCCAAGAAGCUGUGCAUGUACGGUCUUCUUCCCUAUAUUAUGGACGAAAAUCUCUCAAUAAAAUCAUCAAACUCUUUUCUAA